CGCAGAAAAUCUUUUUAUUUCAUUCCACACGUGCACGCGCCCUUUAGUUGUUAUGACUACGCGGUCGUAAAUCCGCCAUAUUUGCUCCCGCCCCGCUGCUGCGUUGCGACAGAGACGGAGAAGUUAAGCGACAUGAAUGCAGAAAAUAAUCAUACGGCAGAAACAGAGAAGGAGCAAACGACGGACGGCACCGACACCAUCACCAUUCAGACUACACUGGGAGAUGAAGAUGAUGAUGUCCACAAGUGCGGGCGGUGUCGGUGUGAGUUCUCCAGCCUGGAGGCUUUCAUCCAGCACAAGCUGCAGCAGUGCUGCAAACGCCCGGAGACCAGACAGGCUUCUCAGGAGGCCAACCAGCAGGUCUCUUCGAGUACUGGAAGCUCAGCGUCCAAGGUGAAAACUGAAGGUAUAUCUACAGUUAAACCAGCAACAACCACCGAUGAUGAAAGAAAUGGUCCAAUGGGUCGAGGUCAUAGGAAGAAAAUCGCUUCUAUUAAAGUCACCGACCAGUCUGAUAAAAGCGCAACGUUUCAAUCUGAAAACGCUGACGGUGAACAGCAGACUUUCAAAGUAAAUCAGGAGGGACGUUACAUCUGUCACCUUUGUGAAAAGACAUUUAAAACCACAAACAUCUUGAGGACUCACAUGAAAACUCACAGUGACCAGAAGAACUUCUCCUGUAGCCUGUGCGGGACUUCAUUUCGCACCAAAGGCUCACUGAUACGUCACAACCGUCGGCACACUGAUGAGCGGCCGUAUCGGUGCACCCUGUGUGGGCAGUCCUUCAGAGARUCGGGGGCUCUCACCAGACAUCUGAAAUCCCUGACUCCCUGCACAGAGAAGAUCCGGUUUGUCCAGUACAAAGAGAUCCUGGUCAACAAAGACGGAGUGCAGAAAGGAGUUGAAACUGACCAUGGUCAGGAAGUGGCCCAACAGGAAGUGGUAGUUGUGGAGCAGCAUGCUGAGGAGCAGGAGAUGGUGGAGGCUCAGACUGCUGUGGUCAGUGUGGUGGAGGCCGGCUCCCAGGAGGUCCUCCGUCAGGUCCACUUCACAAUGGAGGUGGACGGGACAACACAGGAGCAGCAGGUGGUGGUGGACCAGUCUCAGGCGGAUGCUCUGGCCGCUGCYGCCGCCGCCGGCGACAGCCUCAUCUGCCAGGCCAUCAUCAACUCCGGCAUCGCCCUGGGCACCGAGGAGACGGUGGUGGAGGAAUCCUCGCCGGCAGCGCAGGAGCUGGACAAAGACAUUCCAGACGCUACUGACGUUGAUCAGAGUGUGAUUGAGAUCCAGGUUAAAGAAGAGUUUGAAGAGACGGAGGAGGAAGCGGCUGAAGAUCGAGCGUCCUGCAAGCUCUACACUUGUCCGCACUGCAGUCGGUCGUUCAAAGGCGUAAAUUAUUUCCGUUUUCAUGUCAAAGGUCAUUUAGGUUAUAAACCGUUUAAGUGCACGCUAUGUCAAAAGGAGUUUCUCACUGGCUACCUGUUAAAGAAGCACAUGGARGUCCACGUCAGCGAGAGGCGGUAUAAAUGCGGCGAGUGCGGCAAGCUGUAUAAAACCAUCGGACACGUACGCGAACACAUGAGAGCCCACUCGGAUGAGAGGCCCUACCACUGUCACAGAUGCAACAAGGGAUACAAGACCAAGAACGCCUUACAAGUUCACCAACGGACUCACGGCGACGAGAAACCUUACGUGUGCGAGUUCUGCUUCAGAGGCUUCAGAGAGAAAGGCUCUCUGGUGCGACACAUCCGCCACCACACAGGAGAGAGGCCUUUCAAGUGCCCCAAGUGUGGGCGGGGCUUCGCCGAGCACGGGACGCUCAACCGGCACAUGCGCGCCAAAGGUGGCUGCAAUAAGGAUAACGCCAACGAGCAGCAGGGCGUUGUGGCCGAGGAGCAGGCGUCUGCGGACAGCCUGAGCGCAGCAGAAGUCAUCACAGAAGAUCCUCACGCCAUGCUGGUGGAGUUCUCCUCGGUGGUGGCGGACACACAGGAGUAUAUCAUAAAGACUCAAACCGAAGAGGAAAUGCAGCAAGAAGUCACACUCAUUCAGGACAGCCAAAAUGAGAUGGGCAACCAGAUCAUGAAAGUGGUGCAGCAGAUCGUCAGCCAGUCCCACGGCGCCGCCAGCCACCAGAUCAUCGUGCGAAACGUCGGGGCGGACGAGGAAAGCGCCUCCAUCUCCGACUGCGGGGACACCAUCACCAUCGCCACGCCGGAGAGCCUGACAGAGCAGGUGGCCAUGACGCUUGCCUCCGCCAUCAGCGACGGGACGCUGCUGGCCACGACGGGCACCGUCGAGGAUGUCGGGGGGACUGUUACUAUGGUUACCACAGAGGAAGCAGUGGAGGGAAUACAGAUGGUGCAGCAGCAAGAGGAGUAUGUCAUCACCUCCCCAGAGGAGGUGGAAAUUCAGACUGUAGUUGUAUGAUCAAAGAGGAUUCUACCGAUGGACUCGUCUGGCUUUUAGUCYRUUUGUUKGAGUUUUUGUGUGGAUGAGUCAACUAUGAAGUUGAGGCCAAAGUUUUUAUAAAACUCCUACUGAYGGAAAUAAAAAAAAGACAUUUUGAAUGAAGAAACGAAUGUUAACAGGGAGUAGGUUUACCCUACUCUUAGUGUUAUUAACUGGAUCAGUAACAUAAAUGCAUUCGAUGUGACUUAUUUGUGAUCCAAUAAACAGUUUAAUACGUCUAAUGCUAAAUUCAUUUGAAUGUUAGGCCAGAACAUAUCCAAAUUCAUCUUUUCCCCCCAUAUAGUCCACAGGAUUCCUACACUCUUUGUUAGACAAGAGAAAAAGAAAUAUUAGAAUCUUUAGGCUACAUUAGUUUUAUUUCAGAAUCUAAAUAUUGAUGAUCUGAAUUUUUAAAAAAGAAUUCUGUUCUUUAUGUUUAGUUUGUUACAUCCAAACCUUAGUAUUUAUCAAACUUGGUAGUAUCCGAAGUGAGUUCUGAAUACUCAAGUGUCUCUCGUGUUUUAGAUUUUUUCUGAUUGGACACACCUGAAUAAGAUGAAUAGUUGAUCGACAGGCUUCUGUCUGGCAAGGUGACAUGAAGAAAGAAAGAAAACAUCCAAAACCUGCGAGAGUCUACCUCGAGAACUGGAGCUGGAUAUUCCUGAACUCAUUUUGAAUUUUGAGCUGAGCUGAGUACUGGACAUUUUCCAUAUUCUGCCUAAAGAAAGUUUAUGCGCUCAUUGAAAUUUUCAAUAAUCCAAAAGCAUAAUUCAGUUAUAUCCGAGUGAGAGAAAUUUUGAAAUGCAGCCAAGUUUGUCUAGAUGCCACAAAAGCUUUGAAAUAUGCCUAAAGAGUUUUUCCCGUUGAACCUUUUCACAUUUUUGUCACAAAGCAACCACACAUUUAUUUUAUGCGAUGUGAUAAAUGUGAAGCAGGAGGAAAAUGAAAUGUUUUCAAAAAAUGGGUGACUUCUGAAGGCGGUGGGUUGCACUCUAUUUUUUAGGGGCACCUGAAUGAAGUACGCCACACUUUUCAGGUGCUUGUUUGUCUAAAAUAAUAGAUGCAAGAAAUCAAUGGUUGUAUUUAAUUUCCAUUUCACAAUUAUGUGUUGCUCAAUCACAUAAAAUCCCAGUGAAGUUGGUUUCGGUGCAUCUUUAGCAAGGUGCAGUAAUUCUCAUCCACUGAAUCGUUGUUUGAACUUUCAGAUAAAAAACCUCAAAAGCAAAGGUGAUGUUUUUUUAAACGAAYGUGCAGCAUGUUUUGAAACCCUCCAAGUGCUGAGGAUGAGAUUUUGUAAUGGAAAUCUUGCAUAAUUCCCAGUUCCCUGCCUCAACCGCAGUCACGUUUUUGAACUUUUUAUCUCGGAUUUGAAGUGCGGUGACCUUUAAAGGCUGACAGGUUGGGCUGCUUGUCCAAGGCCGUCCACGAUACAGUGUUCCCGUUUGCAGAGGUAUUGUGUCCUCUAGCAUUUCACACAGCUGCUAAAAUGUAAAAUGUGUUAGCCGAAGCACAUUUUAUUUGAAAUAAAUGCUAUUUUCUUACA